AUUAAAUUCCCUGAAUAAUAUUAAGGAAAAAAAAAACCAAUUUCUAAACCAGUCCUUCUGUUCUCUGAAUCACCGCCGUGUUCCUGCCGAUGCUCCGCUCCGGCGUGGCCGGGCUGUUCGUCCGUCAGCGUUUGAUUCGAUUUUCUCUUGUUUCGGGUACCAUUGCCAAGUUUUGAUGCCCCUUGUGCACGGAGCUUGACCACAUUGGGAAGAAUUUGUUAAACUAGUUAAUGAAUGCAUUGUGCUUUCUUGGAAUUCAAAUCAUAUUAUAAAUUAAACAUUCAUCCAGAAACAUGAAUUUCCGAACCCACCCAUCAGCCCAAAUGUCUGGACAGCUACCCAAUCAAUCUGGCUCUUCGUUGUUACCACAGCAAAAUACAAAUUCGGUGCCACAACAUGGUAUAUUGCGUAAUCUCCCGGUUGUGGACCAAGAAUUUAUCAAAGCACGCAAAUUUGUGCAAGAAAAGAUAUGGGAAUUUCUUUUGCAGCGGCAUCCCCAAGCACAGAACUUACCUUCUAAGAGGAUUCUUGACAUAGUGAAACGUUUGGAAGAGACUUUGUUGAAGAGCGCCAUGUCAAGGGAUGAGUAUCUGAACAUGGAUACCUUCGAAAACCGAUUGCAAGUUCUGAUUAGGCACCUUCCUAUGAGUCAGCAAAACCAGCAGCCUGCACAUGGUAAUUCUGCCCCUUCAGUUGGUGCGAUGAUUCCCACACCUGGGUUUCAGCAAACUGCAAAUUCGAGUUUGAUGGGUAAUUCAUCUGUUGCUACUUCUGCGGUGUCAUUCAAUAGCUCCAACACAAUUGCAUCAUCCACUGUGAAUUCUGGAAGCUUUUUGCCAACUCGAAUUGGUUCAUCUGGGAAUCUUCAUGGAGCUAUGGGUAGUGGAUUUCAACAAUCACCAGCUGUUUUCUCAGUUGAGACCAGAGGAAAUGACAUGGUUACAUCUGUAGGCUCAAGAAUGCCAAGUCAGAUGAUCCCCACUCCUGGAAUUAAUAAUUCUAGUAGCAGUGACAUGAAUAAUAAUGCAAAUACCUACUCACUCAUGAACAUGGAGUCAUCAAAUAGUACUGGUGCAUACCCAGCUGCUACUGAGUCUGCUGUUGCUGGUGCAUCACAGUCUGUGGUACAUAAGCAACGUGUUGGUGGCCAAAAUAGUCGUAUCUUACACAAUAUUGGUGGGUAUAUGGGAGAUGGUCUUAGAUCUACAUUGCAGCAGAAGUCAUAUGGAUUGUCAAAUGGACCUGUAAGUGGAGGAUUGGGGAUGAUGGGGAAAAACAUGCCUGUGAUGAUCAGCUCUGGAGCUAAUGAGGGUCAUUUAGCAGGGAUUCUUUAUGGGACCUCCACCAAGCCAUUGCAAUCUCAUUUUGACCAACUUCAGCAACCAGUGAACCAGGGUGAUGGAUAUGGAAUUGGUGCAGCUGAUGGAUCAGGGUCUAGAAACUUGUAUGCACCUGUGACUUCUGGUCCAUCACUGAUGAACAACCAGAGCUUGAAUCCCACAGGCACUCAAUCCCUUCAGAAAAUAAGCAUGCCUUUGAUGACUAAUAAUCAGCUGAAUGCCUACACUUCUCAGCCAAUGGCCAAUCUGAAGCCUCAGUCAGUUGACCAGCCAGACAAUGUGAAUCAUCUAUCACAGUAUCCACUGAAGGGAAAUCUUGGACAACCUCACUAUCAGCAGCAAUUUCAACACCCAUCUAACGAGUUUCAGCACCGAAUUGCUCAGCAUUCAACUGGACAAGAAAAUAAACAGCAAAACCAGCAUUUGCUGAAAAGUGAUUCUUUCAACCGACCUCUGCUUUCAUCUAAUAUAGUUUCUGAAGUGAAGUCUGACUUUGGAACAGAGCAUACCAAUGUUCCACAGUCCCAAGCCUCCAACUUCUUGCAGGUUUCUGAUCAGCAAAAUCAGUAUCAGCUGAGCUCUAUCCAAGAACCCUUUAGUGCUGCUCAGCUUUUGUCACAUUCAUCUGGCCCACAGAAUGUUCAUCCGUCUUCAGCUCAACGUAUGGAGCAGAUGCAACAGUUUCAUAACCAACAAGUUUCUAAACCUCGUGGUGAUUUUGGAUCUGUUUUUGGUGGUAUCCAGCAUGAUGCUGUAUUGCAUGGUCAAUCAUAUAUGAAGUCUCAAGAUACACCUUUCAUACAAGAUGGUUUUCAUCAGGGAUUAACUGGAGAAGAUGUUACUCAACCGACCAACGUGUCUCCAAAUGUUUCAGUACCUGGCUCUAGAUUAGCAGAACCUUUGAAUUCAAGUGACAUCAUUUAUCGAUGUAAUAACCUUGACCGGGAACAACAGCACAAAAACCAAACGAGAUGGAUAUUAUUUUUGAAGCAUGCUCAGAGGUGCCCAUACCCAGAAGGGAAAUGCCUUGAACCUAACUGUCUGUCUGCUCAGAAGUUGUGGAAGCAUAUGGAAAGUUGCAAUGUUAGUCAAUGCAAAUACCCUCGCUGCGAUGGUUCAAAGCGAUUGUAUGAUCAUUACCUGCGUUGUCAGGAUCAAAACUGUCCCGUUUGUGUUCCUGUUAAGAAUUUUAUUAAGUCACAAAGGGCACGUGCACUUCCUCAUUUGAAUUCUGGAGUACCUUGUUCAAACAACGGACCUUCUGUCUCCCAUGUUGCUACUGACAUUGUGGGGAACUCAGCUUCAAAGAUGGGUCAGGAAAGAGUCACUCCAAAUGUGGGUCCAGAUAUCACUGAAACUCCAGAAGACCUGCAAUCUCCUAUGAAACGCCUAAAAACUGAACAAGGCUGUCAACCUCUUGUUGCUGAAAUUGAACGUCCAGUUGCAUUUGCCUCUUCUGUUACUGCUUGCCAUUUAAUGGAUGAACAGCAUAACAGACAGAAUCAGGAGGUGCACAUUCCGAUAAAGGUGGAUGUUCUUGGAAAUGCUGAACAGAGAAGUCCCAAAAGUAUUGAAAUGAAAAAGGAUGACUUGGAUGAUACCUGUGUGCAAACUCCUAAAGGUGAGUAUGUUUCACCAGACAACCUUACUACAUUUUCUGGAGCAGAGGUUAUAAAGAGAGAGCAGAAUAUCGAGCAGAUUAAGCCAGAAAGCACUUCAAUACCUACUGAGAAUGCAGGGAAGACUGCAAAGCCAAAAAUAAAGGGAGUAUCAAUGAUAGAAUUGUUUACACCUGAAGAGGUCCGCCAGCACAUUAUGGGUCUCCGACAGUGGGUGGGACAGAGCAAAGCAAAGGUUGAAAGAAACCAGGCGAUGGGGCAUUCGAUGAGUGAAAAUUCUUGCCAGUUGUGUGGAGUUGAGAGGCUCACCUUUGAACCCCCUCCUCUAUACUGCACACCUUGUGGUGCCCGCAUUAAAAGAAAUGCAAUGUAUUACACCUUUGGAGCUGGUGAAACUAGUCGUUUCUUCUGCAUUCCCUGUUAUAAUGAAGCUCGAGGAGACUCGAUUGUAGUAGAUGGAACACCAAUUCCCAAGGCAAGGGUGGAUAAGAAGAAAAAUGAUGAGGAAACUGAAGAAUGGUGGGUCCAAUGUGACGAAUGUGAAGCUUGGCAACAUCAAAUAUGCGCACUGUUUAAUGGUAGAAGGAAUGACGGUGGACAAGCUGAGUACACUUGUCCAAAUUGUUAUAUGAAAGAAAUUGAUAAUGGUCUUCGUGUGCCUUUACCACGAAGUGCUGUUCUUGGAGCAAAAGAUUUGCCUAGAACAAGUUUGAGCGAUCACUUGGAGCAACGCCUGUUUACUAAGCUGAAACAAGAAAGGAAGGAAAGAGCAAGACAUCUAGGAAAAACUUACGAUGAGGUUCCAGGUGCAGAUGCACUUGUUGUUAGAGUGGUGUCAUCGGUUGACAAAAAAUUGGAAGUUAAACCUCGAUUCCUUGAAAUUUUCCGGGAGCAAAAUUAUCCUUUGGAGUACCCAUAUAAGUCUAAGGUGAUCCUGUUAUUUCAAAGAAUUGAAGGUGUUGAAGUGUGCUUGUUUGGCAUGUAUGUGCAAGAAUUUGGAUCCGAAUGUGAGCAGCCUAAUCAUCGCAGAGUCUACCUCUCUUACCUGGACUCUGUUAAGUAUUUCAGGCCAGAGGUUAAAGCAGUGACUGGAGAGGCUCUACGGACAUUCGUGUACCAUGAAAUUUUGAUUGGAUAUUUGGAAUCUUGUAAGAAGCGUGGUUUCACUAGCUGCUAUAUUUGGGCUUGCCCUCCACUGAAGGGUGAAGAUUAUAUUCUGUAUUGCCAUCCUGAAAUUCAGAAGACCCCAAAAUCUGAUAAACUUAGGGAGUGGUACUUGGCCAUGUUGCGGAAAGCUGCAAAGGAAAAUAUCGUCGUUGAUCUCACUAAUCUUUAUGAACAUUUCUUUGUCUGUUCUGGUGAAUCUAAAGCUAAGGUAACAGCAGCUCGGUUGCCAUACUUUGAUGGUGAUUACUGGCCUGGUGCUGCAGAGGAUAUCAUCUAUCAACUGCAGCAAGAAGAUGAUGGAAAAAAACCAAAUAAGAAGGGCGCUAUAAAAAAAAGCAUCAUGAAGAGAGCUCUGAAGGCAUCUGGCCAGACUGAUCUCACUGGCAAUGCAUCAAAAGAUCUGAUGUUAAUGCAUAAACUUGGCGAGACAAUAUCUCCAAUGAAGGAAGACUUUAUUAUGGUUCAUCUACAGCAUGCAUGCACACACUGUUGCAUUCUUAUGGUAUCUGGAAAUCGUUGGGUGUGCAGACAGUGCAAAAAUUUUCAGCUCUGUGACAAAUGCUAUGAUACCGAGCGAAGACGGGAUGACAGAGAGAGACAUCCUGUCAACCAAAAGGAUGCACACACUCUAUAUCCUGUUGAAAUCACUGGAGUCCCGGAAGACACACGGGACAACGAAAUAAUGGAGAGUGAGUUCUUUGACACAAGGCAGGCAUUCUUAACCCUGUGUCAAAUCAACCACUAUCAGUAUGACACUCUCCGCCGGGCAAAGCAUUCAUCGAUGAUGGUCCUGUACCAUCUCCAUAAUCCAACUGCCCCAGCCUUUGUGUCCCAAUGUGCUGUAUGCCAUCUAGAUAUAGAGUCUGGGCGAGGCUGGCGCUGUGAGACAUGCCCGGACUAUGAUGUCUGCAAUGCCUGCUAUGAGAGGGAUGGAGGGGCCGACCAUCCUCAUAAGUUAACAAACCAGCAGACGAAGGACCAUGAUGCACAGAACACAGAGGCCAGGCAGCAACGAGUUGCAGAGCUGAGAAAAAUGCUUGAGUUGCUGGUACAUGCAGCUCAGUGCCGGUCUAUGCACUGCCAGUACCCCAACUGUCGGAAAGUCAAGGGGCUAUUCCGACAUGGCAUGGGGUGUAAAAUCCGUGCUGCCGGGGGCUGUCCCCUGUGCAAGAAAAUGUGGCACCUCCUCCAACUGCAUGCCCAUGCGUGCAAAGAGUCUACUUGUCACGUCCCUCGGUGCAGGGACUUAAAGGUGCACCUGAGGAGGGUCCAGCAGCAGUCUGAUUCUCGACGAAGAGCUGCUGUGAAUGAAAUGAUGAGACAACGUGCUGCAGAAGUUGGGAGUAGUCGAUGAGGGGGUCAUCGCAACUGCAGCAUGCUGGUAAGCCAUUCUUGAUGACCCGACUGUACAUAUAUAUAUAUAUAUAUCUAUAAAUAGUUGCAGGAGCUUUUCAACAAUUUGUGCUCCAGAAUGAGCUUGAAAAAGCUAAUUUGUAAAAAGGCUGUUUGUACAAUGAACAAGUUUUCAGGAAAUUAAUAAAAUUGAGAUCCUAGGCCUUCCCCCUGCAGUUUUUCCUGGUUACAGAGGUUUUAUUAUUUCCAUACAUUUGUAGUAGAUAGAUCAAUUCAAGCAGCUAUGGCACUUGAGAUGCACAGUAUAAAUGCCUCCCUAUUGACCCAAACAUGAAUAUCCAAUCCUUGU